UUUAUUUAAUUUCUAUCUUGUUUUGUUUAUUUAUUCUUUAACAUGAACAUGAAAUUUAUUAUUUGGACAAUAAUAAUAUUGAUCAGUUUACUUAUAUAUGGAUAUAAUGCGGAAAAAAAUCAGUGUGGAAAUGUGAGUUGUGAUGUUGGAGAAACUUUCUUAUAUGAACGUUAUUGUUGCAAAAAUGUAUUUAAUCAAGAUGAUUGUUGCAAGAAAAUUCGUUGGAAACCAAUCACCAUUACUGUAUGUGUUGUUGUCGGUGUAUUAAUUCUGAUUUGGAUAUUAAGUUGUGUAUUUGGAUUGUGUAAAUGUCUUGUUAAUUGUCUUUGUUGUUGUUGUAAGAAAAACUGAUAGAAAAGUUCCUAUUACCUUCUUUUAUUUUUGAAAUAAAAAAUAACAUUUCGAUGUUUUUCUCUCAGAAAUCUACAUGUAACCGUCGUUUGCUACUUAUUAAAGUAAAUCAGUAGUAUAAUUUUGUAAAUAUUAUUUCGUCAAGAUAUCAAAUAAAUAACAUUUUCGUAAGUGC